CUUUUCUUUUUUUUCUCGGCAAUGUGAAAUUACUUCCCGCGAGAUAAAAUCGAGAUUAACUGAAUGAAAAAUAUAAAAAUUUGAUUCGUUUUAGCUAGCUGAGGUUACCGGAGUUAAACCGAAUGUCGCUUAGAGUUUAUUAAACGUGCUAUUCUAAUGGACAUCCAGUGUGUUUCAGUCCUGCCUCGGGUGUGUGAGGUGCUAGCGGCGUCAGCAAGCUCUUUACCAGAUGACACCAGUCUGGAGAAACUACUAGACUGGUUCACAGCCACCACAAACACUGGCGUAUCUCUGCUGGAGGCUGCCCCAUGUUUGCUUGAUUUUAUAUCCAACGUCGCCUUCAGCUCCACCUCAGGCCCCGGCAUCCUUUCUUUCACCCUCAAACUCACUGGUUUGAUUGCUGCUUCUGAGGAUGGCUUUAAAGCUCUGGAAGAGUGCUCUGUGUUGAAGCUCAUCUUUGAUCCUCAUCACUGGAAAGAAGCGGGGCUUUGGGAGGAUCCAUGCCUUCGGAUCGGUUGGAUCCAGGGCCUGAGGAAGAUGCUGCAGCACUCCAAAGCUCUCAGACUUUUUGUGCAAGCUGAUCUUAUUGAACCACUCCUCCAGCUUCAGACAGACUCAAGCCUGUUUGUUUCUUCAGCUGCCAAUCAGCUGCUGGCUCACGUGCUGCUGCUUUAUCAGUCUCUGUCCUCUGUGGGAUGUAAUGGAGCAAAUAAAAGAGAUUUAGAGCACAGCGGUGUGAGCGAGCAAACCAUCAUAAGUUGCAGUGGAAUCAUCACAAACGUCUCAGAAUAUCUUAAAAAGUCUUUGGUCCUUAAGGAAAGUUCACACCCCCCUCAGAGUCAGCAGAUCCUCAAACUACUGACUCUGCUCCUGGUCCAGCUAAGGCCUCCUCUGCAGGAACAGCUGCUUCUGACUGUCAUAGACUCUUUAGAGGAACUGGUGACCAAAAGAUGGAGUCUUCCUCUGAUGGACGUCAUUCUAGCUGCAAACAGCAGCCUCGAGGAUGAUUGUGUCUCAAAAAAGCAGAUCGUCCGACUUCUGUCCAGCAUGUUGAACAUGAAGAAACCUGCUGACGUCAUUCAGGUUGCAGCUGCCUUUUUACGCAGCCGCCAGCAUGAUCCCACCCAUGCUGCCUACGCUGCUGGAGUCCUGCUGCUACCCCUGGACAUUGUCACUGGCAUCUCUCUGCUAAAAACAAAUUCCACAGGUGAAACUGACAGACUAUCUGGUUUAUGCAAUAAAUGUGUGUAAAGCCCGCCCCCACAUUUAAAGCACAUGUUCUCUGUUCCAGGAGUUGAGCUUCGGAUUUUAAUGACCGAGCAGCUUAAGAGUAAAAGCUGCAUCUCCAUGAUCUGUGUGUGUCUGACAAACAUACCUCAGAUCACAGUAAUGGCUCCAGAUUGCCUCCCCUGUCCUCAGAGGCUGAUAGUCGCUGCAGUUCUGACCUUCCUGAGGCUGUGCCGUGGGGAUUCCUCAUCUUCAUCCACCGGCUGUUGUGAAGUAUCCCGAUUCGUUACUGGCAGCAGCAAAGUCCAGAAAUGUGCCAUGGAGGCUCUGUCCGAGCUCAGCAAGAGUCCAGAAGCUGAGGCCCUGCUGGCUGACGUCUUCAAGCUUCUGACUGAAUAUCUGAACAGUCCUGAUUCUGACCCAACCGUGCUCCAGAAGUCAUACAAGGCUUUGAUAAACUGGAUACGUGUUUGCAGGGACUUCUCAUGCAUUACUGACCAGCUCAGAGAAGGUCUCAUGCAGGCGGUGAGGAAGCGUGCUUGUGACAUUCGCUGGGAGGCGAGAGACUCCACGGUGGAGUUCUUGGGUCAUCUCGCAGAGGUGUGUCCCAUUGGAGAGGAGAGAGAACCGUUAAAAACUCUGCUGGGCAGCUGCAGCUUUACCAUUCCUCUCCUCAAGGAGGCACUGCAGGAUCCAGAGAGUUACGUCAGAGCCAGCUCCAUAGCCACACUGACACAGACACUGACAUUCAGCUGGCAGCAGGGGGCAGCACUAACACAGGAGCAGGUCGAAAUAGUUACUCAGCUGCAGGAAAUUCUCUGCAAGGACUCAGAGGGAUUUGCCAGGAGGGCUGUUGUAAAGUUCUUUACUGCCUGGUUCUCCUCCUGUCCCUCGCCUACCUCCUGCUCGCUCCUCAUGCAGUCUGUCCCAUCCGUCCUCUCUCAGGGCGUCGCCGACCUAGACUGGGAGGUCAAACUUCACACCCUGGAGCUGGCAGAGCUGCUGCUGGACAAAGCCUUUCCAGAGCGCCCUCCUCUUCAUCCCUACGCUGUAACAUCUAACCAACCCCACACAUGUCAUGCAGGGGAAAAUGAAUCUGAUCUGCUCUGCAGCUUGAACAGUCUGGUGGAUCAAGGAGUGGUCCCAGCUUUGCUCUGUGGUCUAGUUGACUGUGACAGACCAGUUGCUCUGAAGGCCUGUCAGCUGCUGAUAAAACUCAGAGACACGGUUAGUUCUCUGUUGGUGAGCACAGUAGACCCCAGAGUUUCCUGUAUGCUGCCUGGACAGAGCUGGGUACAGGAGAUCAGAGGGAAUAAGGACGCCCACACUCAGGUAGAUCCUCAUGUUGGGUCUGAAAGCCCCGAUGAAGCAGCGGAGGAAACCCCAUGUACUGAUGGUGACGCUGUGUGUGUCAGUGUGUGUGAGGUGUUGAGGACCCUGGAUUUAGACAAGAAGCUGAGCGUCCUGAUGCAGAGCAGCGACCACAUCUACAACUCUCCUCUCUCUCUGCUGCAGGACAUCCUGACAGCCAGUACCGCUGCUUCAAAUCCCAACUCUGACCCGGGCCAGGAGGUCAUAGUGGACUGUUAUUAACAACCAGAGCCAAAAAAAA